AUGCCCGGCAGGAGCGCGCCUCCCGCCCGCACCCCGCGGCGGCUGCUCCCGCUCCUGCUCCCGCUCCUGCUCCUGCUCCAGGUCUCCGCCUCGGCUGCUCGCGGGUCCGCCCCUGCGCCCCGGAACUCAACUUGCCUGGGGGCGAGCUGCUCACCUGCAGUGGCCCAGCGGCGCGGCGGGGAUGCCCCUCUGCGAGCCCGCGCGCCCCGGGAGGGGGAGCGGGGAGCCGCGGUGCGCGCCGCGCCCUCGGGGGACCUGCCGGCGGCCCGGAGCGGCGGCCCCGGGGCGGGCAGAGGGGCGGAGGCAGCGGCGGCGGAGCCCUCGGGACCUCCAGCCAGACUACCCGGCGGCUCCUGGAGGUGGAGAGGGGCCCGGGAUCCGGAGCCCCCCGGGCCUCUGGGGAGAGGCAACCCCACCGGCCUCCAGCUCUUCCUGCAGACCUCAGAGGAGAAGGACAAGGGUCCCAGGGGCGCUGGCAUUUUGGGGCGCCGCCAGGAGCCCGGGGUGAGGACGGAACCCGGAGGAGCCGGCGACCUGAAUUACUGGCCCAGGAGAGCCGGGAGGCACCAGGGUUCCCACCGCGACUCGCCCUCCAAGGCGGUCCGCGGACCCCUGGGGCGCGAAGGGCGGGUGAUCGCGCCCCCCGGGAGGGCUCUGGCGCAGAAUGGGUCCUCCUCGGGGGAAGGGGUGCACGAACGCGAGGAUCCCCGCCGGCGCAACAGCACCAGCCGGCGCCUGCGUCUCAAGAACCCCUUCUACCCGCUGACCCCGGAGUCGUACGGGGCGUACGCGGUCAUGUGUCUGUCGGUGGUGAUCUUCGGCACCGGCAUCAUCGGCAACCUGGCGGUGAUGUGCAUCGUGUGCCACAACUACUACAUGCGCAGCAUCUCCAACUCCCUCCUGGCCAACCUGGCCUUCUGGGACUUCCUGAUCAUCUUCUUCUGCCUCCCGCUCGUCAUCUUCCAUGAGCUGACCAAGAAGUGGCUGCUGGAAGACUUCUCCUGCAAGAUUGUGCCCUACAUCGAGGUGGCCUCGCUGGGCGUCACGACCUUCACCUUAUGCGCUCUGUGCAUAGACCGCUUCAGGGCCGCCACCAACGUGCAGAUGUACUACGAGAUGAUCGAGAACUGUUCCUCCACCACCGCUAAGCUGGCGGUCAUCUGGGUGGGCGCCCUCCUGCUGGCGCUGCCCGAAGUGGUCCUCCGCCAGCUGAGCAGGGAGGACCCGGGCUCCGGGGGCCAGGCUCCCGCCGAGCGCUGCGCCAUCCGGAUCUCCCCGGACCUGCCAGACACCAUCUACGUGCUGGCGCUCACCUACGACGGCGCGCGGCUCUGGUGGUACUUCGGCUGCUACUUCUGCCUGCCCACGCUCUUCACCAUCGCCUGCUCCCUGGUGACUGCGCGCAAGAUCCGCCAGGCCGAGAAGGCCUGCGCGCGCGGGCACCGGCGGCAGAUCCAGCUGGAGAGCCAGAUGAACUGCACGGUGGUGGCGCUGGCCAUCCUCUACGGCUUCUGCAUCGUCCCCGAGAACAUCUACAACAUCGUGGCCGCCUACAUGGCCGCCGGCGUGUCCCCGCAGACCAUGGACCUGCUGCACAUCAUCAGCCAGUUCCUGCUGUUCUUCAAGUCCUGCGUCACCCCCGUGGUCCUCUUCUGCCUGUGCAAGCCCUUCAGCCGCGCCUUUCUGGACUGCUGCUGCUGCUGCUGCGAAGAGUGCACGCACAAGUCCUCCUCGGCGGCCGCCAGUGACAACGACAACGACAACGAGUACACCACGGAGCUGGAGCUGUCCCCGUUCAGCACCAUCCGCCGCGAGAUGUCCACCUUCGCCUCGGUGGGCACUCACUGCUGA